AGAUCCCUACACAGACUCACAUUCAACCAUCAAGAUGUUUUGGGAAGUCUUUCACGCUCUAGACGAUGACCAGAAAAGGGAGUUCCUAGUAUUUGUGGCGGGGUCUGAUCGCGUACCGGUCGGUGGAUUGGAGAACCUCGGCCUCACCAUCGUUGAACUGAUCCCGGACGAUGUCGUCGACGACCCCGACGACCCCGACGAUCUGUGUCCAGUGGCCCAUUGCUGCAACAAUGACAAAUAUAACCGCACACUGGAACUUCCUAUGUACACGAGUAAAGAGCUCGUCAAGGAUCGCUUGAUGACCACUCUGUCGCUCUCAAACUGCCCAUUUCAUAUUGCCUAACGCGACGAAUACAGAUGGAGGGAGAGAUCGACUGCUUGGGCGAAACCCCUUAACCCAUUCUCUACUGGAAACUGGUGGUUCCUAUAUUAAGCCAUUUUUAAAUUUGGGAGUUCCGAAGUUAACGGGUUAAGAAUCGAUCAUACAUGACGCGGCAAUCCGCUGUUAUUUUAUGAAUGUGUUUAUGAAUACGGCAAAUACGGAUUAUAUAUUUAUGCGAGUGACAAAGGCCUGACAGGUACUUAC